GUGCGGCCCGGACGCUUGGAGGAGUCCAGCAGCUCUGCGUCUCUUGUAGGAGUCUGAGAGAGGAAAAGAGGCAAAACCGGGUUUGUCAUUGCGGGGAUUUUUUUUUUUUUUUUUUGGACAUAACUUGUCAGAGAAGUCGCUUUGCUUCUUCUUCUUCUUCUGCUGCUGCUCCUCCUGCCGGAGGUUGCUUUGGUUUGUUCGCAGCGGAGAAAGUGUGAAACAAGUGUCAGGAAGAGAAGCAACAGAUGUUUUUUGGUGGAUAUGCGGCCGGCUGAGGAAUGAGAGCAGCGGCAGCGGCGAGGCACCGGCGGCCCUUCCAGCGGUUCUGCUGCUGUGGAGUCGGGCUGGUCGCCGUCAUUUGGCUCGCACAGGUCAUCCAGGCACCAGAGACAGAGUCCUCUGGGUUUCGGCCAGGCGUGAACGUCGGGACGCUGCAAUGGACACGCAGGUUAAUGCAGGAGAAGUCAGACAACCAGACCCAGAAUGAGCCUCGAGCAGCCAUCGAUGAAUUUCCAGCAGACAUCUUCAGCAAGGAGGAGAGGAAGCAUGGGGCUGUGUGUCUGCAUGCACUCUGUGCCAUCUACAUGUUCUACGCUCUGGCCAUCGUCUGUGACGACUACUUUGUCCCCUCUCUUGAGAAAAUAUCUGAGAAUCUUCAGCUCAGUGAAGAUGUGGCCGGGGCGACCUUUAUGGCUGCAGGAAGCUCUGCUCCAGAGCUUUUCACCUCUCUGAUCGGUGUUUUCAUCACCAAAGGAGACGUUGGAGUCGGCACGAUCGUGGGCUCGGCUGUCUUCAACAUCCUGGUCAUUAUCGGCCUGAGUGGAAUCUUUGCAGGACAGACGGUGGUUCUGACGUGGUGGUCACUUUUUAGAGAUUCCUCCUACUACAUUCUCUCCGUGCUGGCUCUCAUCUUGGUUAUCUAUGAUGCCACAGUUGUCUGGUGGGAGUCUCUGCUCCUCAUGACCAUGUAUGGAAUCUACAUUAUAAUCAUGAAGUUCAACUCCCAGAUUUUGGUGUUUGUGACGCGUAAGUUCGUGAACGCUGGACCACGCUGCCUCCGAUCAGAGGAGCACAGAGAUGACAAGAUGGGAGAAGACGCGUCAGGCUGCAACACCUCUAUGGUGCUUCUCAACAAAGGCCAAGGCCACGGUCAGGACCCUUCAGUCCUCAUGGUAGAUGAGCUUCUCAUCGUCAACCCCCACAAACUGUCCUUCUCAGAGGCUGGCCUGCGUAUUAUGAUCACCCCCCACUUCUCGCCCCGCACCCGACUCUCCAUGGCUGGACGGAUGGUCAUCAGUGAGAGACAGAGACUGAUCCGUAGUUCAAAGAACCAGCGGGAUGGUGACGCUGGUCCUGCAUCAAGAGGGGCAUCAACCAGCAACAGUCUGAAGAGGACGGGCUCCUGCAGUCUGGAGAAUGGAGGUGGGCGACCCGGCAUGGGAGACGCAGAGUCAGGAGACAAACCAGGGACUGAGGCGUGCCAGCCAGAGGAGGAAGAGGACGAUGAAGAUGGGAUUUUCAGUCCAGUGCGCAUCCCAGGUGGCUGCUGUGCGCGGGUGAAAUGGGUGAUCACGUGGCCUCUGGGCCUCCUGCUCUACUGCACUGUGCCUAACUGUAUUCUGCCACGCUGGCACCGCUGGUUCAUGGUCACCUUCGUGGCCUCCACAUUAUGGAUCGCUGUCUUCUCCUACCUCAUGGUGUGGAUGGUCACCGUCAUCAGCCACACUCUAGACAUCCCAGACUACAUCAUGGGUAUAACUUUCCUGGCAGCAGGAACCAGCGUACCCGACUGCAUGGCCAGUCUGAUUGUAGCUCGACAAGGCAUGGGGGACAUGGCAGUGUCUAACUCCAUAGGCAGCAAUAUCUUUGACAUCCUGCUGGGUUUGGGGUUCCCCUGGGCUUUACGCACCCUUGUAGUGGACCACGGAUCAUCAAUCUCCAUAAAUAACAAAGGACUUGUAUAUUCUGUCAUCCUGCUGCUGGCAUCUGUGUUUCUGACAGUGACGAGUGUUCAUCUGAACCACUGGAGGCUGGACCGCCGGCUGGGUCUGGGUCUGAUGUUUCUCUAUGCCAUCUUCCUGCUCUGCUCCAUCCUCUUCGGGCAAAUGUGAGGCCUUAAGGUCAAAGGUCAACCCUGUCAGACAACAUGCUGAGUACCUACCUUUCUACCACACGUCCUCUUCCCUGAAACCAAAAAAAAAAAAAA